AUGAUAAAUAUUGUUCUAAAUGGAUCAUUCACCAAAGCUGCAACAGAUGCUUCAAAAUUAGAAAAAUGGUUUGAUGAUAAUGCUGAAGAUAUCGAGAAUGUUAAAGAUGUUGAAUUAAAUCAAAAUCCUAUAUAA